AUGUAUAAUACAACAGGAGCUACCAUUCAGAGGCUGUAUGGGAUGCCUGUGAAGGCUGUCCUGAACAUGACACCAUGCCUUCUCUUCCUCUAUGUAAACGGUGUCAUGCUAUUCACCUUGAUGAGUAAGCCUGUCUUUCAGGAAACCACUCGCUAUAUUCUAUUUGGCCAUUUGCUUUUCUCUGAUUCUCUCCACCUUACUAUGAGUAUGGUGAUGUAUAUGCUUGCUGUGACCAGACUGACGAUGAUUAGCUAUGUUUGUAUGGUUAUUUCUUGUUCUGCGGGAAUCAUUGCAAUAAUCUCCCCUUUCAACCUGGCUGUGAUGUCACUGGAGAGGUAUGUGGCCAUAUGCUUCCCACUGAGACACACUCAGAUUGCCACCUGCAGGAGGACACAUGUGGCCAUCGCUGUGAUGUGGGUCCUGGGCUCCUUAAACUCUCUCAUUGAAGUUUUUGUAUUUGUUACAAUUGAGUCUACACCUUUUACUCUGCAGAUUUUCUGUAGCACCCUCCCGGGUGGCGCAAUUUAUAUAGAGUUAAACAUAGCUUUCACCACUUUGAAUUUUGUGACAGUAGGUGUCAUCAUUAUCUACACGUACAUCGCCAUCCUGGUCACAGCUAGGUCUGUUUCCUCUGACAAGACUUCAGCCAGUAAGGCCCACAAAACAGUGCUCCUACACCUGAUUCAGCUGGGCCUGUGUCUCUCCUCCACCCUCUUUAAUACGAUUAACACCCUGAUUCGCUGGCACAUGGACCCUGUGGUAGGGUUGCAUAUUCAGUAUGUUCUGUUUCUAGGCCUCAUAAUCUUCCCCAGGUUUCUGAGUCCCCUCAUAUACGGCCUGAGAGACCCAACAUUCAAACACAUCUUCAAAUAUUAUUUUACCUUCUGCUUCGGAAACUCAGUAAAGCCAGUGGUGAUUGUAUCAUGA